ACCUUUCUAAACCACAAAACAACCCCUUAAACCCUAGAACCCUCCGGCACCACCACCACCACCACCACCGUUAUCACCGUCACCAUGCAUCAUUUCCUCUCACCUCUCCGCCACAACCACCGCCAUCUCCACCGUCUACUACCCCCUGCCACCAUCCCCUUAGCUGCCGCCCACUAUAAACCCCACAAACCACCGCCACCACCACCACCACCACCAAAACCCCCAAAACCACCGCAGAAGCCCGCCACAUUUACCCUCCAUGACGUGACGUGGGAAGAUCCGUACAGCUGGAUGUCGAACCUGAACGAUAAAGUGGCUAUGCGUCACAUGGAUGUGUACAUGGAGCAAGAAGAGAAGUACACUGAAGCUGUGUUAAACGACACCGUUCGACUUCAGUCUAAACUUCAAUCCGAGAUGGCGUCUCGCAUGUCUAAUCAGCUCUCUACUCCCCCCUUUCGUUGGGGACCCUGGUUGUAUUAUAGAAGGGUGGAGGAAGGGAAGCAGUAUCCUGUACUCUGUAGGAGAUUAGCUGGCCUUAACGACGAGUUCAUUUCACAUAAAAGUCCGACAGCUGGAUUCGAUUUCACUUCCGGUAAGAGGAUUGAACAAAAGCUUAUUGAUUAUAAUCAAGAGGCACAAAGAUUCGGAGGUUAUGUGUAUGAGGAGUUAUCAGAAGUGUCACCUGAUCAUCGAUAUAUAGCAUACACCAUGUAUGAUAAGGACAAUGAUUUUUUCAAGUUAUGUGUUCGGGAUUUGAAUUUGGGCUCGCUUUGUAGUAAGCCGCAAGCUGAUUGGGUUUCUAAUGUAGCGUGGGCUAAAGGGGGCCAAGCGUUGCUAUACGUUGUCACUGAUCAAAACAAGAGGCCUUACAGAUUAUAUUGUAGUAUCCUCGGAUCAAAGGACGAGGACGUGAUGCUCUUAGAAGAACCAGGAGAAAACGUGCAUGUUAACAUUAGACACACCAAAGAUUUCCAGUUUGUGACUGUAAAUAUAUUUUCAACCACGUAUUCAAAGGUUUAUCUGAUCAAUGCAGCAGAUCCUUUAUCUGGCUUGACACUUGUGUGGGAGUGUGAGGCUUGCGCGCAUUGCAUUGUAGAGCAUCAUCAAGGCAACCUUUAUCUUUUCACCGAUGCUGAUAGAGGUGGGCAGUCGGUUGAUUGUCAUUAUCUUCUUCGUAGUCCUCUAUACUCUUCUGGUCCUAGAAAGUGGGAGAAUGUAUUUAUUGAUGACGGAGACUUUAUCAUCGAGGAUGUUGACUUUUGUAACUCAAGCAUGGUACUUAUCAUCCGAGAGGGUGGAAGAUUCAGGCUUUGUUCAGUUGCACUGCCUAUGACAAGCAGUAAGGGUGCAGCCUAUCUUAGAGAGUUAUAUCCCAAUUUUCUACCUCUUCCAGAAUCUGUUUCCCAGAUAUCGCCUGGAACAAAUUAUGACUUUUAUUCCUCUAUUAUGCGGUUUACAAUUUCGUCACCUGUGAUGCCUGAUGCAGUGGUUGAUUAUGAUUUAUCAAACGGUAAGUGGGAGAUUAUUCAACAACAUAACUUGCUUCAAGAACGGACCCGUGUUCUGUACGGUACAGCUUCUGCUGGUAUGAAUAUAUCAGUCAGCAAUACUGAAGUUAACGCAAAUGCUGAAGAUAAUCACUCUUGGAAUGAUCUCUCUGAGUUUUACGCUUGUGAACAACAUGACGUUAUUUCUUCUGACGGAGUUACAGUUCCUUUAACUGUCGUUUAUUCACACAAAAGAAAAAAAGGAGGUCAAAACCCCGGGUUACUUCAUGGACAUGGUGCGUAUGGUGAAUUACUUGACAAAAGGUGGCGUAGCGAGUUAAAAAGCCUUCUGGAUCGUGGUUGGGUUAUCGCGUAUGCCGAUGUUCGGGGUGGAGGUGGCAGAGGAAAGAGAUGGCAUGAAGAUGGUCGAGGUACAAAAAAACAUAGUUCAAUCAACGAUUAUAUUUCAUGUGCAAAAUUUCUUAUCGAAAAGGAGAUUGUGCACCGAAACAAACUUGCUGGUUGGGGAUAUAGUGCUGGAGGACUCUUGGUUGCUUCCGCUAUUAACUGCUGUCCAGAUUUAUUUCGUGCUGCUGUUUUGAAGGUUCCGUUUUUGGACCCGGUUAACACUCUUUUCAGCCCCAUUUUACCGCUUACUCCUGUUGACUAUGAAGAAUUCGGGUACCCUGGAGACAAAGAAGACUUUGAAGCCAUAAGAAAGUUUUCUCCCUAUGAGAAUAUUCAAAAGGGUGUUCUUUAUCCGGCUGUUUUGGUCAGCUCGUCUUUCAAUACAAGAUUUGGAGUAUGGGAAGCUGCAAAAUGGGUUGCACGGGUACGCGAUCACACCAUUUACAAUCCGGAUCAUCCUAUACUUCUCAAUUUAACGACGGAAAUAGUAGAAGAGAACAAAUAUUUACAGUGCAAAGAGUCUGCAUUGGAGGCUGCUUUUCUCUUGAAGAUAAUAGAUUCCUAAACAGUGUCAAUAUAGGAGAGGUCAAUUUUGUAUGUACAUUUUUGUCUUUUGGUUUGGCUUUACAAAAAGGUUGUCAAGGCUUUAUCUAUGAUAAGUUGGUCAACUUAACUUUGUCACCUUGUAAAAGAUGCCUUUUCUAAGACAAUGUACUACAAACAUUAUUAAUAAAUUAAAAAAAAAAAAGGUUGUCAAA